AAUGAUGUGAUGACGAAUGAGGGAUGAGAGCAGAUAUAAUGAUCACACUGUUUGAAGCUGCAGACAGAAACAUCAGACUCGGGACAGAAACACACGACCUCUAAAGUAAGAACAACUCACAUGUUCAUUCUUCAAACACAACUAGACUUUGAGAUGUUAAUAUUGUCUGAAUGAUGAUGUACAGUGAAUUCAUGCUGCUGUUCAGAUACUAACUGAAACUGUCAUAUUUUACUCCAAAAAGAAUCUGUGAAUGUUUGAUAUCUGAGUUUUUCAAUGUGUUUCUUCCUCAGAAAUGGAGCAAACUCUAUUUUUCAUUCUUCUUCUCAUUGCUCUCUGCUCCGUAUCUGAAUGUGUUCAGCGUCAGUAUCACUUUAUAAACGUGAAUAAGACCUGGACUGAAGCUCAGAGAUACUGCAGAGAGAAAUACACAGAUCUGGCCACCGUUGACAACAUGAACGACAUGAACGAGCUGAAGAAGAGUGUGAAUGAUGAACGUCAUGAGUAUGCCUGGAUUGGGCUGGAGUGGACGGGUCAUAAUAAAUGGCAGUGGUCUUCAGGUGAUCCUGCGCUCUAUCAGAACUGGGGAUCUGGACCACCUGAUGGCACAGAUGAUUGUGCUUCUAUGAUAAAUGGACAAUGGCAUGAUUGGACAUGUAGUAACAGCCUGAUGACUUUCAUCUGCAGUUCAUCUAACAACGUGAACACAGGACUCGUCUUUGUCAAUCAGAUGAAGAAUUGGAGAGACGCUCAGAGUUACUGCAGACAGAAUCACAUUGAUCUGGUCAGUGUGAGGAACCAGAAUGAGAAUCAACAGCUUCAGAAGUUCAUUAGUGAUCAUCAUUUAUCUGGAUCAAAUGUCUGGAUCGGUCUGUUCAGAGACUCAUGGCAGUGGUCAGAUCAGAGUAACUCCUCAUUCAGAUACUGGAGGUCUGGUGAACCUAAUAAUGUUGGAGGAAAUGAAAACUGUACAGCGAUCGAACAGAACACUCAGAGACAAUGGAUAGACAUCUCUUGCAACAACCAGUUUCCUUUUGUGUGUCAUGAAGAUAAACUGAUUCUGAUCAAAGAGAAGCUGACGUGGUCUGAAGCUCUGAGAUACUGCAGACAGAAUCAUGUGGAUCUGGUCUCGGUUCAUUCAGAAGAGAUUCAGCGUGAGGUGAUGAAUGUGGUUAAACAGGCGUCUACUGAGGCGGUGUGGUUGGGUUUACACAACUACUGCCUUAUGAACAUGUGGCUCUGGUUGAGCGGAGAGAUCGUGUGCUAUCAGAACUGGGCUCCAGGGAACGGAGUAGAACCGGAAGACUGCCGCCUCGAGAAGAGAAAAGGAGCAGUUCAGUCUGGAGGAGAUCAGCGCUGGAUCAGCCGUCCUGAGACUGACAGACUCAACUUCAUCUGCAGCAGAUAUGAAGAGUGAAAAGACACGCAUUUGUGUGUUUACUUACAUUCAGUUUUCAUUCUUCAUUAUUUUUCUUAUUUACUUGUUUGAUUUGUUCUUUAGUAAUUUCUGAGUGAAUCUAUUAAUUGUGUUUUAAAAGUUUUUGUUUUAUUUCUGUAUAUUAAUUAUCAUGACAAUGUGAUUUUAUCAAAGUUUUCUAACAUUGAUGUUUAAUAUUCUUUAAAUGUCUAAAAUACUAAUACAGUAUAUUUGUCUUUUAGGAUCUCUUUGCAUAUCUGGUGUUUAUAUGUUUUUAUGUUUUCACUAAUAUUAUCUUUAUCAAUAACUGGUUGAAUGUGAUUGUGAGCAGCAGAUCUUAAGAAUGAUAUUAUUUGUGUCUUGUUUAUUAAAAAGGGAAAAUUGAAGUGAUGUCACAGUGAACUGUCAAUUAAAUAUGUUAAAUUUAUAUGUGUUUGUUUGAUAUUUAGGAUAUGUUGUCACUUACAAAAAUCCAAUUUUCAGCUUCCUGGAAUAAAUUAGGUGUGUGAA